AUGUUCUUAAGCGUAUACACUUACGGCGAGCCUCCCCUCGAGCUGACUUUCAAUCCUUGCAAUGCCAACAUCUGGCGUGCUUGUCCACUACAAGCCGAGGUUCCAAUCGAAGCUGCAGGUUUCAUACUAGUCAGCCCGCUCGACGUUGCUGGCAUACCUGAUCUCACGCUUACCGUUCCUGACUUUGAGGGCGAGAUUAUACUCGGGAUCUUUUCCAACAGCACUCAGACUGAGACCGGCUGCUUCGCUGCUCAGAUCACAAACGGGAAUACCUUCGAUCACCAGCUCGAAGUUGGCUCAACUCUUGCAGCUUUCACCACACUUGCACUCCUUUCAUCCCUCGACACCGUCGCAUACUUCGACACGAUACCCAGUACACGCACUCACUACGCGCACUGCUGCUCUUUGCUUGUCGUGUUCGCUGUAUGGCAUCACGUCUACUAUAGUGGAGCUCUUGCCGUUGAUCGGCCUACAGCCUUGAUUGCAUUCUGGAACAACUAUGCCUGGACCGGCGGCAUGAUUAAUGUGAGAUGGAUGCAGCACGCUGCGGACAAAUUUUUCGGCUCUUCCAAAGCGUCUGAUAGUACGAUUGCAAAUCUCGCGUCAACAUACAAUAUCGACAUGAUCUACAAACGACGGGCUUCUCGCAGCGCCACGUCGGUCGAAGGUAUUGUCAAGCAGGGCACCGCCAACCUCGUCACACGCGGAUCCGACAACAUCAUUGAGAAAGAAGGAAUUGGCGAUACUGGACUGGCAUUCAGCUUUCGUGGGCGGUUCAUCAAUCUUGGACUUCCACUACCUGGCGACCACUUCGGCUUCUCGGGUCUCUUGGCUAAACAGAACAUACCAGCUGUCAACGCGUUCUUGACUGCUCUACUCUUCCUUUUCAUCACGGUCGCUAGCAUCUUACUUGCCAUUACCACUUUCAGUCUUGUUCUGCUAGUGAUGAAUCGCCGGAAAUUGGCCAGAGACGAUCGCCUUUUGAAGAUUGUGGUCCUUGCUUCGAUCCUUGUCGGCACUGUCACCAGCUACCUUUCGAUGACUCGCAACCAGGACACGAUCAGGCCCAAGCAAUGGAAUACCAUGUGCAACAGAUGUUUGCAGCAUACCGAGUUCAAAUCCCACGAGAUAUCAUAUCCACGUCGCUCGUGUGAGAUAUUUUAA